GUGUGGCUCAAGGUGUGACUUCUCACUUUCUGCACCAGCAUUAUGUCUCCCUGCCUGCUGCCCUGUUCCCUACAUCGUGGUCAUGAACUCUAACCCAUUGGAACUGUGAUCCCAAGUGAAACACUCUCCUUAUAACUUGUUGCAAUCAUGGUGUUUAUCAGAGCAGUAGAAGAGCAGCUAAAACAGACUACAUGCACAUGUGUCAGUCAGCACACGUGAUUUGUACAGUGCUGAGGGUCCAUCAUUGGGCUCCAUAAUGCUGGGCAAACACUACUCUGAGAGAAACCCAUUCAAUAGCCCUACAGAUUUCCACCUUCUACUCAGGGACUGCUGCAUCAGUACUACAGGUCUAUAAUACAAAUCCUAAAUCAAAUGGGACCUCGUGAGACAUUCUGGUGAGGGACUCCUGGAAGGGGGAAAUGAAUGGAUGGAUCAGAUCAGCACUGUCAGAGGACUAGGUCUGUUCAGACACAGAACACAUAAUCUAGAGAGACCAUGGGGCAGGUGGAGCGCCCUCUGCAGCUCUCCACUCUAUUUGCUGUGAGUGUGCUGAGGGCUUUCUGCCUGGCUCUGCACAGACUCCUCCCAUCCUGUCCCUGCUGGGUCUGAAAUCUUGCUUGUGUGGCAGCUUCCCUGACCUGGAACUUACUUCCUGUUCUCAUCCUGUAAGAGUCCAGCUCCAACCUCAGGGCAACACUGCAGCUUUCUGUCCCCAGCCUUGGUUUUCUUUCUUUUUGGGUAACACUGGCUACCAAGGCAAAACCCAGCCAGCAGCUUAAGUGCAGGAGAAGACCAUGGGGAAGGCUUUCUUUCCAGCUUUCCAGAGACUCAGGAACUUUGAAGGUGAUUGUAUCAUGAAUCUGAACAAGUGACAUAACAAGUACUUGCAGCUCUGAAAAAUGUCCCAAGAUCCAGGAAGGCAGAGCUGACCACAGGCAACUGAGUCCCUCUGGUGGUAAAACCCCAGAGAACUAGCAUAUUUGGCUGAAUCCUCAGAACUUACACUCUGGCCAGUGUUUGCUCCACUCCACAGAUUCUGGAACUCUUGACUCUGGAUCACUCUGAAGGUGUGAGUCAAUUUUCGACUGCUGAGUUUGGAGGAAUUUAGAAGAAAACACAGUCUUUGCUCUGGCACCAGUGCAUAAUUGUGAGGAGUCAGGACAGGUAGGCACAGGAUCACAGCAACUAUGGCCUCAUCAGUCCUGGAGAGCAUAAAGGAAGAGGUGACCUGUCCUAUCUGUCUGGAGCUACUGAAGGAACCCAUGAGUGCUGACUGCAACCACAGUUUCUGUCGAGAUUGCAUCACAUUCAACUAUGAGUCCAACAGAAACACAGAAGGGGAGGGCAACUGCCCUGUGUGCCGAGUUCCUUACACAUUUGGGAAUCUGAGGCCUAAUCGACAUGUGGCCAACAUAGUAGAAAGGCUCGAGGGGUUCAAGUCCAUUCCAGAGGAGGAGCAGAAGGUGAAUGUCUGUGAACAACAUGGAGAGAAACUCCAGCUCUUCUGUAGGAAGGAUAUGAUGGCCAUCUGCUGGCUUUGUGAGCGAUCUCAAGAGCACCGUGGUCACCAGACAGCUCUCGUUGAAGAGGUGGAGCAUGAGUACAAGGAGAAGCUGCAGGCAGCUCUGCAGAAGAUGAGGAAAAAGGAAAAAAUAUGUGAUGAAUGGCAGGAUGACCUCCAACAGGAGAGAACUGACUGGGAGAACCAAAUACAGAGUGACAUAGAAUAUAUUCAGAUGGAGUUUAAAGGACUGAGAGAGCUCCUGGACUCCACAGAGCAUGAAAAGCUGCAGGAGCUGAGGAAAGAGAAGGAAGAUGUUGUGAAAAAGCUGGAAGAGUCUGAAAAUGAGCUGGUGCAGCAGAGGCAGUGGGUGAGAGACCUCAUCUCAGAUAUGCAGAAUCAGUUGGAGCUCUCAACCAUGGAAAUGCUGCAGGAUGCGAAUUCUGUCGUAAGAAGGUACAUCAAGGCAAUAGGAAAGGAUAGCCCUUUUGUGUGGAGUCAGACCUUGAAACUGAAACAGCCGCAAACUAUCCCCCCAAAAAUAAGAAGAAUAUUCCAAGUUCAGGAUCUGAAAGUCAUGCUGCAAGCAUAUCAAGGGCUCAUGGAUGUCCGGCGAUACUGGGUUCAUGUGACUCUACAUGCAAACAAUCAUGCAGUCAUUACCAUUAACAAAGAAAAAGGACAAAUACAACAUACAAGUUAUUAUAAAAGGAAUUUGCAAAUUUCUGAGACUUAUAACUUGGGUGUCCUGGGAUAUCCAGCUAUACAAUCAGGAAAACAUUACUGGGAAGUAGAUGUGUCUAGAAAAAACGCCUGGCUCCUAGGAGUAAAUGAUGGACUGUGCGCUCAACCUCCACUUCAUUCUAUAAACGAAGUCAAACAUAAUUCUGAUGUUAAACAACAUGGAAAUUUUCAGCCUAAACAUGGCUACUGGGUCAUAGGGAUGAAGAAUAGGUCUGUAUACAAUGCCUCCAAUGAGUGUCCUGUCACCCACAAUCCCAGUGUCUUGGCCCUCCCUAUGUCUGUUCCUCCCAGUCGUGUCGGGGUUUUCCUGGACCGGGAAGCUUGCACUCUGUCAUUUUAUGAUGUUUCUAACUUUGGAGCUCUCAUCUAUAGGUUCUAUGACCCUUUCUUCCCUCAUGCAGUCUAUCCAUAUUUUAAUCCUAUGGAAUGUUCAGAGCCUAUGACAAUAUUCGAACCACCCUUUUCAAUCUCUGUAGGAACACAGUCAAAAGAAUGACCCAUAGCAGCAAACAUUGCCUUGGGACCUGUGAGAGGGACUUACAUAAAAUAAGUCGGUGGGCCUUUUGCCUCAAGGGCAUUUUGUUCCGUAGCUUGUUCUUGGACAUGAUUUUGUACUUCCUGCAAUAAACAUUUGCAUUCAGCUUAUAAGAUAUGUUUACUCUUGUUGUAUGUCAGAACAUAGCUAUAGAAUCCAUUCCUGUGAACAGAUAUGCUGAGUGCUGGCCUCAAUGAUUCGAGACAUGGCCUUUAACCUUGCUUUCCUACUUUCCCAGAUAUAAUCUAUAGUAUAGUGCAGACCAUUGUGUUUAAAGUCAUCUGUCCUGAGAAAGUUGUGGGAAAGGGUUGCUCUGUUACUAUUUAGUAUAUGCUUACUGGCAUUUAUUUACAUGUUUUUAUGAUUAAAUUUUUCUGAACUCAAACAACAUUCCUUAAAUUGUUGCUUUCGUUUUUACAUGUAUGUCUAAAAACACAGUGAAGCUGAAGUGAAUUAGUCUGCAGCAUUAGAGUGUAGUUCCCUGUGGCAGGAUAUUUCCUGUCCAAUUACAUUGAGGCAGUGGAAGGCCUAUGAUUGGACAGAAAAGAGGAGGCCGAGCGAGGGUUAGAGAGAGUGAGAAAGAGAGGGAGAGAGAGACAGAGACAGAGACACGGAGAGACAGAGAGACAGAGAGACAGACAGAGACUGUGAGACAGAGACAGAGACCGAGAAAGACCUCGGCAGGAGUUGAUGAACAAUGGUUUGUGAUGUUUUUCUGUGUGUUUCUUAAGGUUAGAAAUAUUGAGAUAAGGCUUUUACUGUAUUGGCAUCUUGAAAUUGUGUUUAUAAAAUACAUAAAUCUAAUUGGUUAACUAUUUAAGAUUAAGAGUCAUGCUUUACCAGGUAAUUUGGGUAUUGAGAUCUGGUGGACCAGGGUGUGUGGGCAGUGUGUGGAAGCGAGAGGAACUCGGGGUCCCCGGCUGGAGAGAGAGAUGGCUAACAGAGGAACGGCUGAGUAAAAUGGCCCAGCGGAAGCCAUAUGGUCCCGCAAGUCCAGAGGUUUGCAAGGCAAGAGACCAGCCACUCCAGAGAGUCCUCGAUGGUCCGGAGCCAGAACUGCGCUGAGAGUUUGCUAGGACGCUCUUUUUUUUUUUUUUUUUUUUUUUUUUUUUUUUGAAACUUUUUUUGUAUUCGAUAUAUUUUUUUAUUUACAUUUCAAAUGAUUUCCCCUUUUCUAGCCCCCCACUCCCCAAAAGUCCCAUUAGCCCCCUUCUCUCCCCCUGUCCUCCCAUCCACCCCUUCCCACUUUCCCGUUCUGGUUUUGCCUAAUACUGCUUCACUGAGUCUUUCCAGAACAAGGGGCCACUCCUCCUUUCUUCUUGUACCUCAUUUGAUGUGUGGAUUAUGUUUUGGGUGUUCCAGUUUUCUAGGUUGAUAGCCACUUAUUAGUGAGUGCAUACCAUAGUUCACCUUUUGAGUCUGGGUUACCUCACUUAGUAUGAUGUUCUCCAGCUCCAUCCAUUUGCCUAAGAAUUUCAUGAAUUCAUUGUUUCUAAUAGCUGAAUAGUACUCCAUUGUGUAUAUAUACUACAUUUUUUGCAUCCACUCUUAAGAACUCAAGAAGUUAGACUCCAAAAAAACCAAACAACCCUAUUAAAAAAAUGGAGUACAUAGUUAAACAAAGAAUUCUCACCUGAAGAACUUCGGAUGGCGGAGAAGCAUGUUAAAAAAUGCUCAGCUUCAUUAGUCAUUAGGGAAAUGCAAAUCAAAACAACCCUGAGAUUUCACCUUACACCAGUCAGAAUGGCUAAGAUUAAAAAUUCAGGAGACAGCAGGUGUUGGCGAGGAUGUGGAGAAAGGGGACACUCUUUUUAAAUUAUUUCCCACUACAGUUCCCCCCACCACCACCCUCAUUUAUUUAGGUCUUCAAAUCCCAGAUCUUGCAAAGAGAUGUGCCAAGGUGGACAAAGGUCUACACACCUUCCUUCUGUGGUGCUAGUGAUAGAAUCCAAGGCUUCAUGCAUUCUGAGAAGAUGCUCCACCAUAGAGCUUCUUGCCUCAGGUCUGUCAGGUCUGUACAACACCAUUCUGUCUGUCACUGACAAAAGACGAAAAAAACUUUUUCUCCAGCUUUUCUAGUAGUUUUGAAAAUUAUAUGUAGGUGUCCCUCGCUAAGGAAUGGGCCUUAGCAGAAGGUCAGUUUAACCACUAUGCCUGCAUUUCAUCGAAGAAUUAAGAAGAAAACCUCUUAAAUGACACCCACUAAGACCAUGUGUUUAGAGUAUCCAGGUUCUAAUCCUGCCUCUCCACAUAGCAGUGAAACCCUGAAUAAUAUCUUCUAAAGCCCAUGUUUGCUUGGGUCUAUUUUUUCUUUCAUCUCAUUUUUGUCUUUGUAUUACAAUUUUCAUAUAAACAGAGUACCUAUACUGUACAUCAUUGUACGAAAAUAAAUUUGGGAUCUUGAGAAGCUCCAGGGUUAAAAGCCCUUUCCUCCAAGAGUGAUGAACUGAGUGCCUUUACUCAGUCCUAGAAGUUGACAGCCAGCUCCAAUAGAGUAGCCUCACCCUCCACACACAUGCUGCAGGACACACAGGCUGAAACACCUACACAAAUACAAAAUGAAUUGUGUGAUUUCUGGUAAGAGAAGAAGUACAAUGCAUCCACUGCACACUCAGGAAGUGGUGGUUGGGCACCCGUGGGCAACUGGGUGAAGUAAGAUUUGGUUCUCCUCCUGUGCUGCUGUUUGAUCUGGGAACUGUAAUCAGGGUUACUCUAACAUGUUAUACACAUCUAUUAAUACUUUGGGGUUUUACACUUAUUUUCUGAGAGAGUAUUUUUAGCUACAUUUGUUAGCAAGUAAGUUAAAUUCAAUGAAUUUUGCAUUUUUUAAAUUAAUUAUUUUAUGUAUUUACAUUCCAAAUAUUGCUUCCCCUCCUUAUCCCCCAUCCCAGUGUGCUUCAGCCCAUGCCAUUUCUCCCUUGCUUAUGAGGAGGCGCUCCCACACAGACUUACCUACUCCCAUCCCACCAACCCACAUACCCAAUAUACUCCUUCCAUGGAGCAUCAAGUCUCUACAGGAUUAGGCAUAUUCUCCUCUACUGAGGCCAGGCAAGGCAUAUGAUGUGCUACAUAUGAUGUGCCAGAGCCAUGGACCAGCCCAUGUAUGCUCUUUGGUUGGUGGCUUAGUCUCCGGGAGAUCUUAGGGGUCUGGGUUAGUUGACACUCUUGUUCUUCCUAUGGGUUUGUCAUCCCCUUCAGUAUCUUCAGUCCUUCCCCUAACUUCCACGGGGGUCCCAGACCUCAGUCCAAUUGUUGGCUGUAAAGAUCUCCAUCUGUCUCAAUCAGCUGCUGGUAGAGCCUCUAGGAGGACAGCCAUACUAGGCUCCCAUUUGCAAGCACAACAUGGCAUCCAUAAUAGGUCAGGGUUUACUGCCUGAACGUGUGAUGGAUCCCAACUUGGGCCAGUCGCUGAAUGGCCUUUCCUUUUUUCUAUGGUUCAUUUUUGUCCCUGGAUCUCUUUUAGACAGGAACAAUUCUGGCUCAAAAAUUUUGAAGGCUCCACACCUCCACUGGGGGCUCAGUCUAUUGACUGGAGAUGGUCUCCUCAGGUUUCAUCUCCUCACUGUUGAGCAUUUUGAAAUUUCCUUCCUUAGUUAUGAGGUCACCCUCAUUGAGUCCUAGAAGAGUUCUACAUUCUAGGUUUCUGGGGCUUUCUAGAGAUUUCCCCCCAGCCUCCACCCCCAGCAAAUGCAUAUUUUUAUUCCUUCUCCUGGCCCUCCGGGCUUCUCUGCUGUCUCCCCUAUACCUGAUUCUGCACCCCUUUCCCCUCCCCCUUCCCUCUCCCACCCAGGUCCCUCCCUUCCACUGUCUCCUAUGAUUAUUUUGUUCUCCCUUCAAAGUGAGAUUGAAGCAGCCUCACUUUACAAUCAGCGAUGAUGACAACAAUACCAAUAACCUUACCCUUGGUUGUGCUGUGAAAUAUAAACAACAGAAUGUCUUGGAAUUUAUAGUUUCUGCCAAGUAAAUAGUAUAUGAUAUGAAAUCUGUUAAGUUUUGUCUCCCCUUUGAUGUGGCCAUAAUAAAGUACUAUUCAGAUCUGC